AUGAAUGGUUACUGGAUAUUACUAUCAUUAUUAUUAUUAUUAUUAUUAUUAUUAUUAUUAUUAUUAUUAUUAUUAUUAUUACUAUUAUUAUUAUUAUUAUUAUUAUUAUUAUUAUUAUUAUUAUUAUUAUUAUUAUUAUUAUUAUUAUUAUUGCUCUUAUCAUUAACAUUAUUAUUAUUAUUGCUAUUAUUACUAUUAUUAACAUCAUUAUUAUUGUUGCUACUAUUAUUUUUACUAAAUGGGAAUGGAAACUAUGGUGGCGGAUUUGGUGGGAAUCAAGGCUCAUUCACAAAUAUGAAUGAACGUAGUUACUACGUACGAGGUCGUUUGGUUUGUGGAAUUCAAGGAGCUGAUGGGGCACGAGUAUCGCUAUGGGAGAAGCGAGGUGCUGGCACACCUUUUGUGUAUGAAGAGAAACAGAUCGAUGCUUCUGGAAGUUUCUAUGUGAAAGCAGAGAUUCGUAACGGUGGUGGAGGUUGGAACGGUGGCAAUUCCAAUGGCUACCUGACUCUUACUAUUAACCAUAACUGCGGGGGUCAACGUCAAAUGAGCGUCGAAUUACCGCCGUCGUAUUUUAAUCAAGGCAUAGUUGCGAUCAAAACCUUCGAUCUAGGAACAAUCAACUUGGAAGGACGUUUCUCAGGUGAAGAAACAAAUGCUUUCAUGGGUGGCGGUAAUCGACGAGGAAACUACGGCGGCAGAUUCGGCAGUGGGUCAGGCGGCGGUUUCGGUUCUGGCGGAUUUGGUGGAGGUCCAGUACCUAUCUAA